CAGUUCAUCCAGCAAUGUCGCGCUACAAAAGCCUGUAAAAAUCGGAAAAUAGCCAGUGGGAAAGUGAGUUCGGGAUCGGAUAAUGGGGAAUACGGAGAGCAACGUGACCAGCGGGGUCAAGAAGCAGGCCGGAGUCUCCACGCAGGCCCUCUACAAGUUCGUGAACCUCAAGGGCGGCGGCCUUCUGGUGGACAUGAUGAAAAGGGCCUGCCAGACGAAGCAGUUCGCCGAGAUCGAUCACGCCAUCAAAACCAAGGUGGAGCCCUUUCUCUACAACAAGGGCGCUGGCCGGUACUUCCCCAUCUCCAAGUUGGUCCUGCUGCGGAACAGGGAUCGCCCCCGCACCCGCCAGCUGCCCGAGAUCAGGGCCCUCGAGAAUCCCGACGACGACUUCAACAUCCACGACUACUGCCCCGAGGUCUCCGAGGCCGAGUACAUAUCCAAUCCAACCGCCUAUCGAUUCGUCUGCUGGGAUCUGAAUAUGCGUGGCGCUGUGGGCGAGACCAUCCUCCAUUUGUGCCUGCUAAACGCUUCUUCUUUGCACGCUGACUUGGCCAAGAGGCUGCUGAAGUUCUAUCCAAAACUUAUCCUGGACAUCUACAUGAGUGACGAAUACUACGGAGAGAGUGUCCUGCACAUUGCCAUCGUUAACGAGGAUCCUGCUAUGGUGAAAUAUCUGUUGGACGCCAAUGCAGAUGUUCAAGAGCGUUGCUGUGGAGCUUUUAUGUCGGCGGAGGAUACAAAGUUUUCCCGAACGGAUUCGCCGGAUCACGAGUAUGUGGCCCUCUGUCCCAUGACCAACUACGAUGGAUAUGUUUACUGGGGGGAGUAUCCCCUGAGUUUUGCUGCCUGUUUGUCGCAGGAGGAGUGCUUCCGUUUGGUUUUGGCUCGAGGAGCGGAUCCGGAUUUCCAGGACACCAAUGGAAACACCGUGCUCCACAUGCUCGUAAUCUACGAAAAGAUCGAAAUGUUUGAUGUGGGUUAUGAAGUGGGAACUAAUAUCCACAUAAAGAACAUCCAGAACCUCACGCCCCUCACUUUGGCCGCCAAGUUGGGAAGAGUCGAGAUGUUCUUCCACGUGAUGAGCAUCGAAAGGGAAAUCUACUGGCAGUUGGGGAGCAUCACGUGUGCCGCUUACCCACUUUUAAUGAUCGACACCAUCAACGAGGAAACUGGCAAUAUCAACAAGGACUCCGUGCUCAAUUUCGUGGUAUUUGGGGAUAAGUUGGAGCAUCUGGAGUUGCUUGAUGGCGUGGUCAUCGACCUGCUGAAGACCAAAUGGGAAACGUUCUGCAAGUCGCGUUUCUACAAGCAGUUCUACAUGUUCGCGGUUUACUUUCUGAUCUCGCUGUUCAGCUUUAUCCUGCGACCAGGACCGGAUUCUAAAGAUAAAGAUGAGGAUAGUGCCAACAGCACUACAGCUAAAAAUGAUCUUUAUAGACAGAACGGUUCGGAUUCAUACCAUCGUCAAACCAAAAGGGGUUCUCUAACUACAGAAUACAAAACCUUUUGGCUGAAUUUCACCGAGUAUUAUGACCCAUCUGAGGUUGAGGUUUUGCCAGCUUGGUGGGAGAGUUAUGCCCAGUGUCCUCUAAUGAAUCUCGAGUCCGAUUUGGCUAAACUACGAAUUAUGGCUGAACUUUUAAAUUUUGUUGGAGCUAUAUUGUAUCUUUUAAUUGCUUUGCGAGAAGCUCGCUUUUUGGGUAUCAAAAUGUUUAUUGAGAAUUUGAUGACGGCUCCAUCGCGGGUAAUGUUUCUGUUUUCUUGUGCUUUGAUGAUGACCAUACCCUGGUUGAGGGUUUCUUGUCUCACCGAGAUCGAUGAUCACGUCACCGUUGUGAUAAUGCUAACCACUGCUCCAUAUUUUUUGUUCUUCUGUCGAGGUUUCAAAACAGUGGGUCCCUUCGUUGUGAUGAUAUACCGCAUGGUCAUGGGAGAUCUGCUCCGAUUCGUCUCCAUUUAUUUGGUGUUCGUGAUGGGCUUCUCGCAGGCUUUCUACAUUAUUUUCCUGACCUUCGACAACCAAGCGUCUCCCGAGGAUCCGGAUGCAGAGUCCAACCCGAUGCCCUCGCCCAUGGAAUCGAUUGUGGCCAUGUUCCUGAUGUCGCUCACCAAUUUCGGUGACUAUUACGGAGCGAUGGACUCCACGCAGCACGAGUACGAGGCGAAGAUCCUGUUCUUCCUGUUCAUGGUGAUCGUGAGCGUGCUGCUGGUGAACAUGUUGAUCGCCAUGAUGGGCAACACCUACCAGGUGAUCGCCGAGAUCCGCAACGAGUGGCAGCGCCAGUGGGCCCGGAUCGUCCUCGUGGUGGAGCGGAGUGUCCCACCCGCCGAGCGCUUGAAGAACUUCAUGCAGUACAGUCAGCCCAUGUCGGAUGGCAGGAGGGCUUUGGUCCUUCGAUUAAACAUGACUGACGAGGAAAAAGAGGAGAUGAAGGAGGUGCAGGAAAUGAAGCGCAUCCAUCUGAAGUUCUCCAAAAAGCGGCAAAUGGAACGCGAGGCACGGAACCUUCGGAGGCAACAGGAGUACGAGAAGUUCUUCGGCACCGCCCACAAAUCGGAGAGUUCCGACAAUAACAACUUUUGA